AUGUCUUUCCCAAACUGCUCCACCAUCGGAAUCCGACGAUAUAAGGUCUUUCCAGGACAGGACACCAGGUUGUCCUUCUCCGAAACGCCCAUUUCUUCCAAGCUCACAAGAAUGGAUCAUUCGUUACCAGACCAGCCAAGCGACUACGUGAGCUCCGUAUCGACCAAGUUUGGUCCGGGUUUUGAGUUCCGCGGAGUUACCUCGGAUGUGCAGCUUGUUUCUUGGGAUUCGGUUUUGUUUCACGUACAUCGGGAUCGACUUCUUGAAGCGUCCUUCAAUGGAUUUGAUGGACUUUUAUGCGUUCCGGAGCCUCGCGUUGUGGUCCCGGAAACAUCGAAUCUGCUCAAUAUCAUCUUGCACGCGAUCUACGACAUUUCUUGCUCUCCUUUCCAGCCCAGUAUUGAUACCUUAAUGGACGCUGUCUGCCUUUUCCCGAAAUACGGUUUGCGGGCCAAAGAUUACAUCUCACCCUCAUUGCCACUUUUCAACGAUAUUCGCUACAGGAUGCCGCUGUCGCCGCUGUUAACGUUCGUCGUAUCCUCGAAUCAUGGCCUAGAGGACCUUGCCGUUCUUGCAUCGGCCCACCUCCUCGCUCUGGACAUCUCAACCAUGAGCGACAAUAUGGUCGAGACCAUCAACCCUGUAUAUCUGAAGCGCCUCUUCGACCUUCAGACCAGCCGGGUCAACGCAUUCAAACGCCUUCUAUCUGUUCCUCCAGAAUCUCACCCAGCAACGCCGGAAUGUGACUUUAUAGCUCAGAAAUCUCUGACUAGGUCCUGGGCAUUUUAUACCGCGUAUAUGCUGUGGGACGUCCGGGCAGAUAUGACAGCUGGCAUGAUCGAACGUACGUUCGAAACACUCGAUAGCGACCUUCUGUGCAGUCUGUGCAAGAACUGUCUGAGAAAGCGCGUUAAGAGUAUCGUUAUCGAAUGGUCAGAGCUGAAGGUAGGAGGCAGCUGA